GUGGGUUCUGUAUGAGAAACCAAACUUUAAGGGGGAGAAGGUGGCUCUGGACGAGGGAGACAUCGAGCUCACCUGUCCCUUCAGCCCACCUGAGGAGGAGGAGGAGGAGCAGAGACCAGCUGGCAGGUUCAUCAUCGGCUCUGUGCGCAGAGCAGUCAGGGACUACAGCGUCCCUGAAAUCUGUCUGUUCCCUGAGGAGAACGCUGAGGGGAAGAAGGUUGUGUUCAGGGACACGUCAGAAGAUGCCAGGAUCUUUGGGUUCCCCAUCAGAGCCAACUCCAUCAUCGUUAAUGCUGGGCUCUGGCUGGUUUUCUCUCAGCCCUUCUUCCAAGGUGUGCCACGGAUCCUGGAGGUGGGGGGCUAUGCUAACCCUGCAGCCUGGGGGGUGGAGCAGCCCUUUGUAGCUUCACUGCAUCCUCUAAAAGUGGGAGAACCACGAGUGGAGAACCUGAGUGAACCAAAGGUGGAGAUCUAUGAAAAGCCGUACUUUACUGGGAAAAGUCGAACCAUCAGCACCAACAUGAGGGACUUCAUGAGCAGAAGCCACCAGCAGCAGAAGGUCUUCAUGUUCAGUGUUGGUUCCCUUAAAGUUCUGGGAGGAAUCUGGGUGGGCUACGAGAAGGAGGGCUUCCGAGGUCACCAGUACCUGCUGGAAGAGGGAGAGUACCACGACUGGAGGGUGUGGGGGGGCUGCAACUCUGAGCUGCGCUCAGUCAGGAUCAUCCGUGCAGACCUGUCAGACCCACAGAUGGUGAUGGUGGAGCAGCCGGAGGAAGAGGAAGGUGUGACAGAGGAGAACACCUUUGAGGUGACUGAAGCCAUUCCUGAUGUGGAGCCGUUUGGCUUCAAAACAUCAACCCGCUCUAUCCACGUGCUGAGUGGGGCGUGGGUAGCUUACUCCCAUGUGGACUUCUCUGGGAACCAGUACAUUUUGGAGAAAGGCUUUUACAACAGCUGUGCUGACUGGGGUUCACAGGACACUAAGAUCUGCUCAGUCCAGCCGAUCUUACUGGCUUUAGCUGACAGCUCCAGCUGCACACAUCAGAUCAUCCUGUACUCUGAGCCGGACUUCCAGGGACAACAGGUUGUCCUUCAGCAGAACCAGGAGGUACUGACGGAUGGCUUCAUCACCAGGUCAUGUCGAGUGGUGAGAGGAAGCUGGGUUCUAUGUGAGAACCAACAGUUCUGUGGGAACACCUACGUCCUGUCUGAAGAUGAUUACCCCAGUCUGAGCAGCAUGGGCUGUCCCAGCAGCUGCUGCAUCCGCUCUGUGAAGCUGGUUCCCAUGAUGUUCUCUGUUCCCUCCAUCUCUCUGUUCAGCCUUGAAGGUCUGCAGGGUCGGGAGAUCACCGCUGAGUCCGAGGUCCUCAGUCUGGUCCAGGAGGGCUUCAACAACCACAUCCUGUCUGUCAGGGUCCACAGUGGCUGAAGCGACACUUGUUCCGUGUGAGGAACAAAGACAGCGGUCACUUCCUGUCCGUUCAGGGAGGCGUGGAAGAGAUGAGAUCUGGUCGGGUGGUGGCAGCGCAGGAGGUGGAGCCUUUAAGUGACGUCUGGUUCUACCAGGACGGGCUGAUCAAAAACAAGAUGUCCCCCAACAUGUGUCUCCAAGUCAUGGGGAACGUGGAACCUUCAGCAAAAGUGGUUCUGUGGACUGAGACCCGGCAGCCGAUCCAGACCUGGUCAGCCCACAUGACGGGUCUCAUCAGCAGCCUGACGUUCUCCGGGAUGGUUCUGGAUGUUAAAGGAGGUAAAACCUACGACCGGGAACACGUGGUGCUGAUGCCACAGAGUGAGGACCGGCCCAGUCAGCAGUGGGACAUCGAGCUGCUGUAGUCUUCAGUCUGCAGGGUGGACACCGGACCCAGGACCUGAGCUCUCCUCUGAACAUCUGGACCUGCUGAGUGCUGCAGCCAGGAAGCUGUGCAGCACAUCUGUCAGGCUUUCAUUCUUCUGCUCUUCAGUCAUUGGUCAGCAGACUGAAGGGUUCAUCUGGACUCUGUGGGUCCGGCUGACGUCCUGCCUGGGAUUAAAGCAGAGAGGGGCUCUCGGUGUGUUAAUGUGCACAUGUGUGUGUUUAACUUGUGUAACUGUAGCUGGUCUGUACAGCCUGUUCUUUCUUUUUGUUUCARAUUUUUAUUGUUCCAUGAACUUAUUGUUAUAAAAACCUUUUAUACUGUUAUAGAGGGCGGGGUUUUAUUACAGCAGGACUUUUCUUUAUAUUUGCAGGGUCAGGUGACAGCAGAUGAAAUUUUAUCUGAAGUAUUUUUGUCUGAAUCUGUUCAUUUAUUAAUAAAGAGGAAUUUAAAGCAAA